AUGGUCGCAAUCACCCUUCCCUCCAACUACGGCGCCGUCAUCGCCGUCGCGCUGGGCACCAUCCCCGUCCUGAGCUUUGUCCACGGCAGCAUCACCACUUCCCUGCGCAAGGUCGCCAAAGUCCCCUAUCCUCACAGCUAUGCCACCGUUGAGCAGUGCAAGGAGAGUGCCAAGGCCGAGCAGUUCAACUGCGCCCAGCGCGCCCACGCCAAUUUCCUCGAGAAUGCCCCGCAGACGAUGCUCUUCACCCUGGUCGCUGGCCUGAAGUAUCCCGAACUCGCGACCGGCAUUGGUGCCCUCUGGGUUGUCUUCCGCUCGCUUUUCAUGUACGGCUAUGUGUACUCGGGCAAGCCGCAGGGUAAGGGUCGUAUGCUCGGUGGUUUCUUCUGGCUGGCGCAGGGUGCGUUGUGGGGUCUGACUGUGUUUGGUGUUGCUCGGGAUUUGAUCUCGUACUAA